AUGAAUUUAGAAAAGACUUUUGACAACCUCAAGAUGAAGCCUGUGAAAGACCACCCCGACCAGAAGUCAAGUUCCAAGAAAGCUAAAGGUCUGCGGUUCCUUUCUUCCCCCUGGUGGUGCCCUGUGGCUAUGACUCUGGGGAUCCUUUGCCUGGGGUUGUCAGUGACCAUGAUUAUGCUGGGGAUGCAAUUAUUCCAGGUAUCUGACCUCCUAAGGCAAUACCAAGCAAAUCUUACUCGCCAGGAACAUUCUCUGGAGGGACAGAUCUUAGCCCAACAGCAGGCAGAACAUGCUUCUCAGAAGUCACAGAGGGAACUGAAGGAGAUGAUAGAAACCCUCACCCGGAAGCUGGAGGAGAAAUCCAAAAGGGAAGAGGAACUUCGCCAGCAGAACCUGGACCUCCAAGAUGCCCUGCAGUCAGCCGUCAACUCUUCAGGACUUCAUCCGGCGAGCGACUUCCCAUUCCAGCUCUCCAUUCUGGAUGGGAUUGUCUCGGAAGAAACCCAGCCACCCAUGGCUCUGGGAGGAUGGUUCUCACCUGAAGCCCUACCUAUUUAGGUUCCAGGGUGCUGUUUCUCAGACAUACCCUUCAGGCACCUGUGCUUACAUCCAACGGGGAUCUAUCUUCGCUGAAAACUGUGUUUU